CUCCCAUAUGUCCUGUGUAUUUUGUGUUGGGUGUGUGUGUGUUUGAAUACAAAAAGUGUGUGUGUGUGUUUUGAGCCCCUGCAAUAGAGAGGACUGAUACCUCCCCAGGAUGCAUCAGCUGCUAGCCGUGACCUCAGUGCUGGUGGCACUCUGCUCCCUAGGGAGAGUGGAUUCUUCAGCCUAUGACAAGAUAGUCACCCACAGUCGCAUCCGGGCCAGGAAAGAAGGACCCAAUGUGUGCGCUCUGCAGCAGGUCGAGGGGACUAAGAAGAAGUACUUCAGCACAUGUAGGAACUGGUACAAAGGCUCCAUCUGUGGAAAGAAGGCCAUGGUCCUAUAUGAAUGCUGUCCUGGGUACAUUAAACUGGAGGGCACGAAAGGAUGUACUGCAGUGGCACCCAUUGACCAUGUCUAUGGUACGCUGGGGCUGGUAAAGCUUCGACCACAACAGCAAUACUCUGACCUGUCCAAACUGAAGGAGGAAAUUGAAGGCGAAGGCUCCUUCACUAUGUUUGCACCUAGCAACGAGGCCUGGGAUCAGGUGGAACCUAUUAUACGGGCGGCGCUGGUGAGCAACGUGAACAUCGAGCUGUACAACGCUCUUCACUACCACAUGGUUAACCGCCGACUUCUGACCAAAGACUUGAAGAACGGCAUGACUUUGAAUUCCAUGUACAACGACCUGGGGAUUUACAUCAACCACUACUCAAAUGGGUCCAUCGUGACAGUAAACUGUGCCAGGAUCAUCCAUGGUAAUCAGGUGGCCACAAAUGGUGUGGUGCAUGUCAUUGAUCGGGUCAUCACCAGCGUGGGCAACAACAUCAAGGAAGUCCUGGAUGUAACGGAGGAUCUCGCCUCCUUCAGAGAUGUGGUAAUGAACUCUGGCAUGUUCGACAAGCUGGGCGAGCCUGGACACUUCACUCUGUUUGCUCCCACUGAUCAAGCCUUUGACAAAUUGGACCCAGGCUACUUGGAGCGUAUCAUGGGAGACAAGGAUGUUAUUGCAGCCCUGGUGAAAUACCACCUGUUGAGCUCUGUCCAGUGUUCUGAAGCAAUAAUGGCGGGGUCUGUGUUUGAGACCGAAGAGGGCAGCACCAUCGAAAUUGGGUGUGAUGGCGACAGUUUGACAGUCAAUGGAAUCAAGAUGGUGCUGAAGAAGGACAUAGUCACGACCAAUGGCGUCAUCCACUUAAUCGACCAGGUGCUCAUCCCUAACUCAGCCAAGGAAGGGUUGGAGCUGAUGGGAGACUCUCAGAGCACUUUCAGUGACAUGGUGUCCGAAUUGGGCUUAGCCUCUGCCUUGGGUUCGAAAACAGAGUACACACUCCUUGCUCCAGUCAACACUGCCUUCACUACUGAGGUGAUGUCAACGGACCAGAGCCUGUUGAGAUUCAUUUUGGAAAACCACAUCUUGAAGCUGAAAGUUACGCUGAGUGAGCUUUACAACGGACAGAUGCUGGAAACACUGGCUGGCAGAAUGCUCAGAGUCUUUAUUUACCGCACUGCUGUGUGCAUUGAAAAUUCAUGUAUGGUGCGUGGCAGUAAAGAGGGAAGCCAUAGUGCCCUCCAUCUUAUGAAUUCCCUCAUCAAACCAGCUGACAAAACAAUCUACGAGCUCCUGAUUGCUGACGGACGGUUCAAGAUUUUCCUGGCGCUGAUGGAGACAGCAGAUCUGACUGAUCUGCUAAAGGAGAAAGGCUCCUACACUAUUUUUGCACCAACUGACGAUGCCUUUGAAGGUCUCAGUAAAGAGGACCUUGCUCUUCUGAAAAGUGAUCUGAAUGCUUUGAGGAUCAUUCUCCUGUACCACUUCAGUAAUGGCAUCUUCAUCAAUGGAGGAUUAGAGGGAGGAGUUACCAACCUGCUCAAAACCCUGCAGGGCAAUAACCUCCAAGUUAUUUCUGUUAACAACUCUAUUAAUGUGAACUCGGUGGAUGUGCCAAACAGCGAUUUGAUGGCUACAAAUGGUGUGAUCCAUGUGGUAAAGAAUGUUCUCUAUCCUGCAGACCUUCCUGUGGGCCGCCAGGACUUCCUGGUCCUCCUGAAGAAGCUGAUUAAGUACAUCCAGAUAAGGUAUAUUUCGGGAUUUUCGUACAAGGAAAUCCCAGUCACAUUCUUCAAGAGAACCAUCACAACUACACAUUAUCAUGAAACAGUUCCUGAAACAAAGGUGACCAGAGUCAUUGAAGGAGAGCCUACCAUCACCAAGGUUACAAGAGUCAUUGAAGGAGAGCCUACCAUCACCAAGGUUACAAGAGUCAUUGAAGGAGAGCAAUCCAUCACCAAGGUUACGAGAGUCAUUGAAGGAGAGCCAUCCAUCACCAAGGUUACAAGAGUCAUUGAAGGAGAGCCUACCUUUACCAAGGUUACAAGAGUCAUUGAAGGAGAGCCAUCAAUCACCACAGUGACCAGAGUCAUUGAAGGACAGCCAUCCUUUACCAAGGUUACAAGAGUCAUCGAGACAGAACCUGUCAUCACUACGAUGGUCGUCAGUGGAGGAACCACUAAAGUGACCAGGCUCAUCGAGGGGGAGUCUUCAUCAACCAGGGUCUUUGAAGGCCAGCCUAUCAUUACCAAGGUCACAAGAGUUAUCGAAGGUGGAGAACUUGAUGCACAAGGAAAGAUAAUUGGAGGUGGAUCCAGACAAACCACGGUGAACGAGCCUCUUGUCAUUGAGGGCCCAGACUUCUCUAAGAUCACCACCAUUCACGGCAACCCAAAUCUGAUCAAUGAGGAAUCGGACAGAAUCUCCCAACUCAUUAGAGACGGAGGUAAAUUUGCCGCUGCCAGGAAAGCUCCAGCUGGAAUGAGGAGAAGAAGGAAGAUGGUUAGGCGUCACCACAAGCCAAGGCAGUCAAUCCAAUAGAGAGAAAAGACCUCUGGCUCACCGCAGGGACUGAAUGCAUCUCCAGUGCUCCUGGUAGAGUGCUGGAGGAUAACAAAAACUGUGUACCAAUAGAGAGAGAUCAAAUCAAUCCAGCAUUUGUUGUUGAAAACACCAGUAAAAAGGAUUGUUUACUAUUCCACAUGAACCAUACUUGUUAUGGAAUGGUAUGUUAUAGUAUUGCAUUUCCAAUAGGAAAAAUUGCAUUUAAGUACAAGGGAAAUAUGGACUUUUACCAUGAGAUAGAUGGUGUGUCAGGUGAAAUAUAUUUACCACUGAGAGAUAUUUUUUAUGUCAAUUUAAAACAGAUGGCUUGGGAAGACUGUUGUUUGCUUUUUAUAGUGCUCGAAUUUUGUACAAUUUAUGCAUUUUUAAGAAUACAUCAAAUGAAAUCCAGUUUUUUUGAACCUCUGUAAAUUAUCACAUGCUGAUUAAAAAAUACAUUUCAUUUGUUUA